UCACACGAGUGUUGGGAUUCUCCGCGUGGGAAUUUCUUCUGGAGUCCGACGCGGAGACAUGGAGACAUGGACUCGCUCGCACAGCAGAGCUCCGAUCGGAACGCGGAGAGUCGGAGCUCGCACGGCAGCGCGCAUGGUUUGUGCCUUUGCCUGCAUCCGCACGAGCGAAGGACCAAGUCACAGCUGGUGGGAGGAGGAAAGGGAAGAAUCCGCCAUGGCUGCAUUCGCCAGCUGUGGGGGAAGCGGGAGGGGCUGGUUGUGUCUUCAUGCUGCAAACCAGACUUGCCCUGCGAGCCGCGGCCUAAGGUUACUGUUCGGUUCUGACAGACAGUCUCGGAGUGAGCCUCAGUGUGAAUAUGUUGCCCUCAAAUCCCUCGAAUCCUGCAAAUUCUGUCGGUGCCUUUUCCUUCGUCUGUUUCUGUUCCUUCGUCAAGCUUCGACUGUGGUGUUCGUUCUCCAUUUCUCUACA